GGGGUGGGAUCAGCUGGCAGAACAAGAUGGCUGCUCCCAGUUUGCUGUGAAGCUAUAGCAGUCCAGAGACCCUCCUGUCCUUUCACAAUCCUUUUAGAAGUCAUUUGCAUAGUAGAGGAGGAACUAGAAUCUUUGCUGAAGCAGUCCAGAGACCCUCCCUGUUUGUUUCACAAUCCUUUUAGAAGUCGUCUGCAUAGUAAAGGAGGAACUAGGACCUUUGCUUUCCCUGUGUUAGUCUGAUAGAACUUGGAACUUCAGCAACUCCCUAAACAUUACACCACCCUGUCUCCCAGUAGUUCCAGUCUACUCAUUGACUACCAGAGAAAGUGCAAAUAAAGGACUCAGAAGUUCAGCAUAACAGGCUGAUUUGAGAAAAGUCUGCAAGGAAGGCAUCUUUUUGCAUUCGGAGGCAACCCAAUACAAGUGGGAGGAGAUGGAAGAGCAGGACCCAGAAGGACCAGGAAUUGGCAAAAGAUCAAGGAAAGACCCCCCUCCCACCCAGGCGGGAACAGUCGUUGAAUUCUGGGAAAGUGCUAUGCCAGAGAUCCUACAUCAGGACACUGGGAUCUCAGAGAAACAUUGCCAGCAGUUCCGGCAGUUCCGUUACCAUGAGGCUGCUGGGCCCCGAGAGGUUUGCAGCAAGCUCCAUCUGCUUUGCAACCACUGGCUGAAGCCGGAAAGGCACUCCAAGAAGCAGAUCCUGGACCUGGUGAUCCUGGAGCAGUUCCUGGCCAUCCUGCCCAUUGAAAUGCAGCGCUGGGUCAGAGAAUGCGGGCCGGAGAGCAGCUCCCAGGCGGUGGCCCUGGCUGAAGGUUUCCUCCUGAGUCAGGCAGAGGAGAAGAGGCAGGCAGAGCGGCUGUUUCAGAUGAGGGGAACACCUGUGAAGAUGGAAGCGAAGUUCUUUGAGGAUGAGGGAUCUCCCAGGGAGCAACAGCAGAGGGCCCAGGUCCAAGAGCCUGCCCAGGAUGCCUUCUCACGUGGUGGUGAAGAGACAAGGUCAAGUCGUAGUCUUUGUGGAGGAGUAGAAACAGCUGCUGACCCUGCAGUCCAGUCUCCAGUUUCCGUUGAGGAUUUGGCCGUGUAUUUCACCGAGGCUGAGUGGGCCCUGCUGGAUCCAGGCCAAAGAACUCUCUACAUAGAAGUCAUGCUGGAAAACUGUGGGACCGUGGCUUCUCUGGAGAGUGGAUGGAACUUUCAGAUCAGACAUCCCUAUCUGGGUGCUAACAGAGUGUCCUCUAAUUCAGCAGCGGAGGAUCCACCAAAUGAGGACAAUGAGGAACUGCACCAUCUAUCACCAGUUAAAGUCAAGACUGAAGACUUGAAAAAGAACUUCCAGAAUCAAGAUGGACCUAUGAGGCAGACAGGAAGCCACACCAUUGAGAAGCAGGAUAAACCCAUUGCGUGCGGAGGGGGAGAUUUCCAUGAAGUAAUUCACGUGGUGGAGGAAAAAUACAACUUCUUGGAGUGUGGAAUGAACUUCUCAGAUGAAACCCAAUGUAAUAUCCACUUACAAAUGCACAGUGGAAGGAAGACCCAUAAAUGCUUGGAAUGUGGAGGAAGUUUCUUUUGCAGAGCAGAGCUCCUUAGGCAUCUGAGCACACACACAGGGGAGAAACCUUUUGAAUGCCCAGAGUGUGGAAAGAGAUUCAGUCGCAAUGGGUCUCUUCGACUGCAUCAAAGAACCCACACAGGGGAGAAGCCUUUUGAAUGCUCAGAGUGUGGAAAGAGAUUUAGGCAGAGUGGCACUCUGCGAGAGCAUCAAAGAAUACACACUGGGGAGAAACCAUAUGAAUGCUCAGAGUGUGGAAAGAAAUUCAGCUUGAGGGGCAAUCUUCAAAAGCAUCUAAGGACCCACACAGGAGAGAAGGCUUUUGAGUGCUCAGAAUGUGGAAAGAGAUUCAGUCGCAAUGGCAAUCUUCAGCAGCAUCUACAAACUCACACAGGGGAGAAACCUUUCGAGUGUUCAGAAUGUGGAAAGCGAUUCAGUCGGCGUGGCUAUCUUCUAGAACAUCUAAGAACCCACACAGGGAAGAAACCUUUUGAAUGCUUAGACUGUGGAAAGAGAUUCUGUCACAGUUCAACUCUUCAAAAGCAUCUGAGGACCCACACGGGGGAGAAACCUUUUGAGUGUUCAGAGUGUGGAAAGAAAUUCAGGCAAAGUGGCAAUCUCCACCAGCACCUACGAACUCACAGAGGGGAGAAGCCUUUUGAAUGCUCAGAGUGUGGAAAGAAAUUCAGUAGGAGUGGCAGUCUUCAGCAGCAUCUGCAAAAUCUUUGUAAGGAGAAACCUUUUGAACUAUCAGAGUGUGAAAAGAAAUUCAGUCAGCUUGACGUUCUUUUUUUAUGAGUUGGUCUUGUUUCAAAAGUUAGUGCUCAAGUGAAAAAAGGGGAACACAGUAGUGAAAGGCUAAGAAAUAAGUACAAAGAAAUUGUGUUCAAUAUUGCUACAAAAUCAUGCAAAAAAUAUUUGUACAAUAUCAACAACACAUAACAAACCAAUAACAAGUAUCAAAGAUCCAGGAGGCUCAGUUAUAAACAAUGUCCUUGAAAUGUGGCAGAAAAUCUUCCUCCAGGUAUUUUGCUGGCAAUAUUCCCAAAUAGAUAUAAUCUGAUGUAUAGAAGCCUCUUGAGAUAUACAAUGUCUGGAUGUCUUGGUGCGUUUCAGAGCGUAGCCCUUUGUCAGGCAGUCUUAUUCCGCUUAAGGAUAAUUCUAUUGGUCUAAUUAUUCACACUCAUACAAGAAAUUUUUUCUUUUUGGGGGUCCCAAUUCAUACAUUCUCACAGCCAUGCAGCUUCACAAAAUUCAAGUUCGGGUAGCUUCCCUUUGAUAUUUGUUAUUGGUUUGUUAUGUGUUGUUGAUACUGUAAAAAUAUUUUUGCAUGAUUUUGUGGCAAUAUUGAACACAGUUUCUUUGUAGUUAUUCAAAAGUUAGUGCAGCAUGUCUUCUUAAAAUUGUAUUUAAAGCUGUAAAAGAGAAAAUCUUCCUGCAGACUCUUCAGACCAACACCUCAUGCCACAACUCAUCCCGUGACAGAACCAGGCCUGCUUUUCCUACUUUCGUGAUGUGGGAUGUGGGUUAGUUAAUUGGGUGACUUUGGGUUCAAAUCCACACUAGACUUGGAAACUCUUUGGAUGCCUUUUAGCCAGUCGUAUUUUCAGAGUAAUGUACCUUGGAUGACAACUGUAAGCAAUGUUUCCUCUGCCGUGAAGUCUUUUGAGCUGAAAUUCUACUUACUGAGCUGCUGGCAUUAAAGUUGUGAGUGAGUGCAUAAA